UUAUCCAUCAUCAAAGAAACACCAAAAAUCUUAGAAAGGCUGGUUCCAGUCUAGUUUUACUUUUUGUUCUUCUUCGCUCAUAUCCUUCGUGCUUUUCACUAAUGGCGAAUGUUACUCAGCUUCCGUGCAACGGAGACGGAAUGUGCAUGCAGUGUAAGAACACUCCUGUCGAAGGGGAGGUACUAAUCUGCAAAACUUGUGCCACUCCGUGGCACGUGGCGUGUCUGAUGAGUCCGCCGGAAUCACUCGCCAACACUCUCCAAUGGAACUGUCCGGACUGUUCUGGAGACUCGUGUGCGGUCGCCGGACAGGCCGUGGAGACAGGCGGAAUCGUCGCCGAGAUUAUGGCGAUCGAGGCUGACAUGACGCUGUCGGAGAGCGAGAAGGCGAGGAGAAGGCAGGAGCUGAUGAGCGGAAAGGCUGGAUCGGACGGAGGUGAUGAGACGACGAAGAGUAACAAAGGGAAAGAGAAGGUGGAUGAUGAUGGUCAAAAUGAUGUGUUGGAUAUUUUUGGUGGGAGCUUGAACUGUUCAUUUUGUAUGCAGUUACCUGAAAGGCCUGUCACUACACCAUGUGGACACAAUUUUUGCUUAAAAUGCUUCCAGAAAUGGAUCGGGCAGGGAAAGCACACUUGUGCAAAGUGUCGAUGCACAAUUCCAUCCAAAAUGGCAAGUCAGCCUCGCAUCAAUUCUACACUUGUCGUUGCCAUUCGUAUGGCAAAGAUGUCAAAAUCAAUGGUCAAUGGAGGGCCUUCAAAGGUGUACCAUUUUGUUCAUAAUCAGGACAAGCCGGAGAAGGCGUAUACUACUGAGCGUGCAAAGAAGAAUGGGAUGGCCAAUGCUGCAAGUGGCAAGAUAUUUGUCACAGUGCCUUCUGAUCAUUUUGGACCUAUCCUGGCUGAAAAUGAUCCAGAGAGGAAUCAGGGUGUUCUUGUUGGUGAAUCAUGGGAAAGUCGGCUGGAAUGUCGGCAAUGGGGUGUGCACUUUCCACCUGUUGCAGGGAUCGCUGGGCAAUCCAAACAUGGUGCUCAGUCGGUUGUGCUCUCUGGAGGAUACAAAGAUGAUGAGGAUCAUGGAGAGUGGUUUCUUUACACAGGAAGUGGAGGACGUGACCUCACAGGUAAUAGGCGUACAAACAAGAAUCAGUCUUUUGAUCAGAAAUUUGAGAAACUGAACGAGGCUUUACGUGUCAGUUGCAAGAAAGGUUAUCCUGUUCGAGUUGUUAGAUCUUACAAGGAGAAGAGAUCUUCGUAUGCCCCAGAGAAAGGGUUGCGGUAUGAUGGAAUCUAUAGGAUUGAGGAAUGCUGGCGAAAAGUUGGAAUUCAAGGUUUCAAAGUUUGUCGAUAUUUAUUUGUCAGGUGUGAUAAUGAUCCUGCCCCAUGGACAAGUGAUUUGCGUGGGGACCGGCCUCGACCAUUGCCUGUAAUUCCAGAGCUAAAGACUGCAGUUGACAUUACAAAGAGAAAAGAAAGUCCAUCAUGGGAUUUUUAUGAGGCAGAUGGCUGCUGGAAGUGGAUUACACCUCCACCCAUCAGCAGAGUAGUAGUAUCUACAGGGAAUACAGUUGUCAAGGCAAGACCCAGUGGAGCCCUGAAGCGAGGGCUGAGUAUGACUAUAAGAGAGAGGCUCCUAAAAGAAUUUAGUUGCCUGAUCUGUAAGCAAGUCAUGACUCAUCCAGUAACUACACCAUGUGCUCAUAAUUUUUGCAAGUCAUGUUUGGAUGAUGCAUUUUCUGGUCAAAGUUUUGUCAGAGAGAGAAGUGGAGGUGGAAGGACACUUCGGUCUCGGAAAAAUGUCAUGAAGUGCCCCUUUUGCCCAAAUGACAUUUCAGAUUUCCUCAAGGAUCCACAAGUCAAUAGGGAGUUGAGUGAGGUAAUUGAAUCUCUUAAACAAAAGAAUGAAGAGAAUGGGGAACUUGCUGAAGAACCGAGCGAAGAAGAAACAGAUGGCAUAGAGGGAGCUUCUGAUGAAGUAGGUGAAACCAGCAAAGGUAGUGGAGAAAAUUCUGAAGCAACAAGUGCACAAGAUAGUCUGCAGAAUCCUUCGUUUAAUGUUGAACUUGAAAGGCCACAAAAAAGAAACAAAAUUGAUGGAGAGGAGAAUGAUAUCACUUUAGAGAAAGCUAAUGGUGAUGGUUUAGAUACAGUGCCUCAAGGUAAAGCAGAACUCACUAAUUGUAGCAGCAAGGAUAUGGAAGCUGGAAAAGCAUUAGAGGAAGCGAAUGAUUCACCUCCCAAAUGACAUCAGAUAGUCGGGGGCCUGCCUGACUCAUUUCAUUUGUUGUUAUCUUUGAAAAGAAUUGGAAGGCACCAUUUGAGGUGACUUUUGUUAUAUCAGAUGGGGUGGGCAUUGGAAUACCAAUAACUAGGAGAGUAGGCUUCUGUUUAUACACAGGUUUUCUUGUUCUUUUCAUUUCAUUUUUAGGCUGAUUGUAAGUCUUCCGUUCGAGUUUACCUGUACACAGUUUCUUUAUGAAACUUUGAAGCAAUACAUGUGUUGAAGAACUUUGAGUAGUUUUAUUUCAUAAUAGUGAAGUUUAUUGAUGUA